CUUCCCAUAACACAAUGCGGCCAGACCGUGAGCUGCAACGCAAACAAGUCUUCUCAGCUAAUACAAAGCGAAUUGUAUUUUAAUUAAAAAAAAAAAAAAACAUUUUAUAAACAGGUGUGGUUGUAACAAACCGGGCGGAAAUAUGAAGCAUAAAAUACCGGGAAAAUGCGGUUGGUUUUCUUUUAACUAAGUUAAGUUAUAUAUGUUAGAGUUUUGUAUCGUUUAAAAAUUAAAUACCCCAAAAAACUUAGCUAGACAGUAGUAACUUACAGACGGUGACAUCGACAAUAUAUAGUAGUUAGUACUCGGGCUGGUAGAAAUCCAGAAUGCUAAUUUGUUGUAUAUAAAUAAGCACAAAAUCGGAUGGAAUAAAAUAGCAAAUACACUUUACGUUUAGGUCAACAUUUUUAACUAAAGUUAGAGAAACAAACCCGUAUUAAUAUAUGCUGCUUAGUUUAAUCUAAUGAUUCUUAAAUGACCGUACCAAAAGUACUCUUUCUGUGGCACGACCUGAAACGAGACUAUAUUGUUGACUGAUUCUGAAGUGAGAGACACUGAAUAAUUUAUUGAUGAAAAAUGAGCUCCACGGUACAGCCAGCUGAUAGUGCCACCAGCACCGGAACCACCACUACGAGCAAUCCGAAUGACGAUGGCAUGUCCUGGUGGUAUAAGUGGCUGUGCAAGAUCGCCGGAGUCCUAGGAGGAAUCUCUUGUGCAAUUGCAGGAAUCUGGAACUGCGUCACAAUUAAUCCAUUAAACAUAGCCGCAGGAGUAUGGAUGGUGUUAAAUGCUUUUGUUCUGUUCUUGUGCGAGGUUCCGUUUUGCUGUCAGUUUAUUGAGUUUGCAAAUGCAGUGGCUGCUCGAGCUGACAAACUCCGUCCCUGGCAGAAAGCGUUCUUCUACUGUGGGAUGGCAAUAUUUCCUGUUUUUCUGAGCAUCUCGUUUACCACACUGUUUGGAAAUGCAAUUGCCUUUGCAACAGGGGUACUCUAUGGACUGGCAUCCCUGGGGAAAAAGCUGUAAUGCAUGCAACAUCUCCUCCUAUCCUUGCGUAUACAUGGGGGGAGGGUGUGGGCUAUGCACGCCUGCAGCACCAAAAACCAGGUGACGAGGAGAAACUGAUGGGAACUACAGACGGAUUAGCACAAUGACAUCCCACCCUGUCUCUAAACUGCCUGAACACUAACCGUCUACGCAGAAAGAGGAACAGCUCCACUGUCUACCUUUACAAUAGGAUUCUGGGAUUAAAUGCAAAAAUGUAUUGCAGAGUUAGGGUUAGUUUUCUUCUUUGGGGGUCUCUUUUUGUUCUAUGUUUCAGUACGCAGGGUUUCCCUAAAACACCAUGUUUUACUGCCAGGUUUAGUGUGCAAGGAUUUCAAAUAAAAAUGGUUUGUAAUCUUUUUUAAAGAUUUACAAACUGUCUUAAUUUUUAAAUGUGUUUUACACCUCAGGAGAAGGUGCUCCCCAUCUUACAGAAAUAAUUAUUGGAGAAAAUGCAAUAGAAAGGAUUUGUAUAGUCUCGUCAAGAAAUCCUAACAUGUGUAUGCUGACGAGAUACAUACUGCAAAUGACUGCAAUAUUUGGUGUAAUUUAAUAAUAUCAAUGAUGCAUCCAGAUCUAUGUAAAUUACAGUUACUAAAUGGGAAUAAGUUACCCCUAAAAAGCAGUACCUGCUACAAAGAAACACUAUGUAUUAGCCGUUUAAACAUAGCAGGACCCAAAAGUGGUUCAAGCAAUGUUUACCAAGCUAUAAAGUAUAUAAAUCUCACACACUGCAUGCUAUAAUAGAUAUUUAAAAUCUUAUUUUCAGCAUUGACAGUUCUCCUCUGCAGCUGGGAAAGUAUUGAAACAGGCAUGUUGUCAUAUUGUUUUGUCCUGAAAAUGCAAUACAAAUAAAAAUUAAAAAUCCACAUCAUUAGGAUCAGGUUUCUGGGGUGCAUUAGUGACAUCUAUGAUUUAAUUUCUACCAGCAUAGUAAAUGUGCUUGAAAUCCUAUUCUGAAUAGUGUGCUUUGUGAUGGGUAUUAUAGAUAACCUAACCGACUAAUGAAUUGCAUUAGGAGUGUCUCAACACAGGAUCUAUGUGUAAAACUUUAAACUGUGAUAUUCCACAAGUUCUAAAUUAGGACAAAUAAGCUUUUAUAGUGACUGGAAUUGAAUUCUCUAGACUUCCUAGGUCUCUCUUUGCUGCAUUACAAUACCUCUGUGUACCUUUACACACUAUAAAGCUGUGACACUUAAUUAGGUAGAUCAUGCUACAAGUUUUCAGUUAAAACCCCCAAUUUUUUUUUUUAUAAACUUUGAAUCCAUGCAGCUUCAUUGCUAGAGGAAAGAACAGCUUUCUCUUCUUUAAAGCCAAGAGGAAAUGUGUUUUCUUCUGCAUUCCUGAUGUGUUUGCUCAGUAAUUAAUACUUGUUCUUUCUGUUACGGUAGAAGAAUGUAGUUUUAUUUUAUUUAGCUUGCAUGUUGUUGCUUUGUGCAGAAUGGAUGGUGCCCCUUUUACAGCAGUACAGAGAUGCACAAGUCUGAAGAUGAGCUUGAAUUUCUUUGAUUUCAAGGUGUAUUGCAGAGCUCAGUAAAUGAUUGGUCCUAGUUUCCAGAUAAGAUGGGAAAUAUAUACAACUGCACUGUCAUCACAAAGACUUUGUUUGUGGGUGCCUAUGUGCCUUUUUUGAGGCGUGUUUGUUAAUAUUUGGCUUCUCAAAUUUAGGGCCCGUCGUAUUAGACUUUGCUUUUGUCAACAGAGCAAACACUUUUUCUAAAGACUGUAUUUCUCUGUCAUGGAUCAAAGACAUUUUUCUGCAUGAUCAAUAAUCAAUACAUGGGGUUAGUUAACAACAAAUCACUCAUUGUAUUUAGUAGUUAAUAAUUCCUUGAUCUGAAAGGUACAUUUUUCAAAAAAGAAAAAUUUAUAAUAAUUUAUAGUUUUGUACUGUAGGUCUCUGAGGAUCAUUUGAUAAAACAGGAUGCCUUCUGUGUUAUGUAAAUAGUUUUAUAUUUCAAAAAUAACAGUGCUUUCCUGAAAUUAAAUUCCAGAUCAUUGAAAACUGUGAACACCAAUCUGUUAGUUAACUUGAUACACAGAACAGAAGUGCAUGCAACCAAAUGACUCGAUCAAUAUGAUAAUGUAAAGCAAAGCAUGCAUUAAAUAAACUAAUUUAUGUUAAUGCAGUAAGGUGAGAAUCAUACCUUAGUAAUGUAGGCGGUAGCACUGAUGAAUGAAUUAUACCAGUUUAGCAUUCAGCUCACAAACUCCUGUAAGAGAAGAGAUGGGGCUCCACCAGCAAUACAAAACUACCAGCAACUCGAAACACACUGAGCAGUGUGCAAAUGAGUUCUACUCAGUGCUCCAGUAAAUAUACUGUGCAUGUGCAAUGUAUCACAGGGUGACUGGGGAUCUAAACACUAUUUUUAUGUCAAUUAAAGAGUACUCGGGUAAAUAUCUAUCUGGGGACUUGGCCACCUUUUCAUUCACACCUGUUUAGCUGUAUCUGCUGUAAAUGGUGCACACUAUUCCAGUGCGAUGGGGGUUCAGGGGGUCGUUUUUUUUUCUUUCCCUUGUUUGUGAUCCUGAAAAGGAGUUUGUUUGCUUGUAGAAACUGAUUUAAAAUUGUGUUCCCCCUGUAUAGCGAUACUAAUGAAUAAACUUAAUUUUGCCUUUUUAUGGAAA